AUGCUUGAGGCGGUGAUGCUGUGUGUGGAUAAUUCUGACUGGUCGCGAAACAAGGACUAUUUUCCAUCUAGGUUACAAGCGCAACAGGAAGCCUCCUUAACCGUAGCUACUACCAAGCUGCAGGCGAACGCAGAGAACAGCAUUGGUCUCCUUACACUAGGCGGAGAUGUGAAGGUCCGCGCUGCGCCUUCCGGCGACAUGCGGUCGUUCCACCAGGCCGUCCAGAGCUUAGCGGAACCCGACGAUGGCAGUGCGCACCUCAUGAAGGGAAUCCAGACGGCACAGCUCGCCCUGAAGCACCGCCUCAAUCGCAACCAGCGACAGAGGAUUAUCAUUUUCGUGUGCAGCCCGCUAGACGUCACGGAGAGCGACGUGGAAAAAGUGGGCCGCACGCUCAAGAAGAACAACGUGGCGCUGGACAUUGUCAGUUUUGGCGAAGUGGAGCGCAACUCGGCAGUGCUCAAGAAGCUCUACCAGACAGUGAACUCCAACAACACCAGCAACCUGUUGGAGGUGCAACUGCCCUGUCCCUCCCUCACCAGAGCUAUCACCACCUCCUCCAUCCUCGGCGCCGGGAAUGCCGGCAUCAAUCCUGACGACCCCUUCGCCCUUGACGUGGAUCCGACUGCGGAUCCUGAGUUGUUGCUGGCCUUGCGGCUGUCGUUGGAAGAAGAGCGCGAGCGGCAGGCGCGAGAGAGUGCCCACAUGCGCACCGGCGACGCGGACGAGCCCGGCGACGCCACGCGUUCGUCGAACGUAGUGGCAGGAGAUUCGUGCGUGCAUGUGGUUCAGGACGACCGGCCGCCGACCGUGGAAGAAAUCAUGGGCAUGCAGGACCUGGACGAAGACCUCCGGACCGCGCUUCUGCUAUCGCUACAAACGGCGGAGUCGGCCCCACGGACCGAAGGACAGGCACAGGAAGACACACCCAGCCAGGAGCCAGUGACUCAAGCCAAGAACCUGUCGUUCGCGAGUGUGUCUCCACCCGUGCCUGCUGCGAACCCGAUGUUGUCGGCAGCGGAAAUGAAGCGGCUGGCGGAAAUGCUGCCGGGCGUGGACGUGAACGAUCCCGAAGUGAUGCGGGCGCUGGAGGAGCUGGCGAAGGCGGAGAAGAAAAAGGACUGA